ACAGAUUGAUUUUAUCGAAAAGCAAAAGCCUAACCAACCAUGGCCUAGAAUAAUAUUGGUUAACCAAUGAAGGAGAGAAAUGGCCAUCGCAAACACGCAUGAAAAAUUGGGACAACAGAGUAAACGAAACCGUACGUGGCACUCCCUUCUCCGGGUAUAUAAACUAGUCUAAAACCGAUUUUAAGCCGUCAGUUGUUCAACUUAUCAACUUCAACUAUCAUCAUGAAGCUAUUUAUCAUCGCCGCUGUCUUGGCCGUUGCUGCCGCUGCUACAUCCAGCUACAAGCCGGAGUACAAGCCACCCACCUACUCGGCACCGGCCUAUUCCAAACCAGCCUACUCUGCCCCAACCUACUCUGCCCCAACCUACUCUGCCCCAGCCUACUCUGCCCCAGCCUACUCUGCCCCAGCUUACCCCGCACCUGCCUACUCUGCCCCAGCAUACAAGGAUAACAAAUACGCCGACAUCACCAUCACCAGUCAAUCUGAUGAGCGCAACCUCGAUGGCAGCAGCCAAUGGAGCUCCGCCCAGUCUGACUACACCACCCGCGAGGAAUCCCAAGUCCAGAAGAAGAUGCAAGGAGUCAAGUACGACUCUUACGGUAAAGCCACAUACGAGGAUGUUAUGGGCAACACCAACAAGGGAUCUUCCUACUGGGUUUCCCCCGAAGGCCAGAAAUUCACUUUGACCUGGGUUGCCGAUGAUGCCGGAUUCCAGCCCAAGGGUGACCACUUGCCCGUUGCCCCCGUCCAUGUCUACGAACUUCCAGUUGCCCCUGUCCAUGAGUACGAACUCCCCGUUGCCCCCGCUCUUCCCUACAAACGCACUGGAGCUGGAUAUUAAGUGCAGUCGCAUAUUUAUUAAUAGCAGAUAGUUUAAGUGUUUCAUGUCAAUGACUAUUAGAACAAUGUAAAAAUUUAUUGAUUGAGAAAACGAUAAACGCAAAUUUUCUUUUUCUUAA